AUGGACGACACUAAUAAGAUAGAGGCCAUGACCUCAGAGCAAAUCAAAAAUCCCUUGAAAGGAAUCCCACGAGACCAGCUGAUGAGAGAUGUCGAGGCUUUUGCUCACGAAAAGGGCUUGGAGGAGCAUAUCCCUCUGCUUCGCAAGGGCGCACUCGUUGCUCAGGAUCCCACCAACUACGAGAACAUUGACGGGGCCGAAGCCCUCGACGAGGAUGAGAAGUUAGCCCUGUACAACGAAGUCGCACACAAGUGGCACAUGCCUUGGAAGCUGUUUCUCACCAUCGCUACUUGUUCCAUUGGUGCUGCAGUUCAGGGUUGGGAUCAGACGGGCUCCAAUGGUGCCAACAUCUUCUUUCCCGAAGAGUACGGCAUUGAUGGCGAUGAUGCUCGAUCGCGAUUGAUCCUUGGUCUCGUCAAUGCUGGUCCUUACAUUGGAAGUGCUUUCAUCGGCUGUUGGUUGUCUGACCCCAUCAACAACUGGUUCGGACGCCGUGGUGUCAUCUUCUUCUCGGCGCAUUUCUGCAUCUGGCCUGUUAUUGGUUCUGCUUUCUGCCACAACUGGGAACAACAACUUGCCUGUCGUCUCCUCAUGGGUAUCGGAAUGGGUGUCAAGGCGUCAACUGUCCCCAUCUACGCCGCCGAAAAUGCUCCAGCCUCAGUGCGUGGAGCUCUGGUUAUGUCUUGGCAAAUGUGGACUGCAUUCGGCAUCUUGCUCGGAACAGCCAUCAACCUCGCUGUCUUCUACGCACCUCACAACUGGCGAUUGAUGUUGGGCGCCCCAUUCAUCCCCGCUGUUCCUCUGCUCUGCCUGAUCUACCUCUGCCCCGAGUCGCCCAGAUGGCUCAUGAAAAAGAAUCGAUACACCCAGGCAUGGAAGUCGCUGGUGGUUCUCAGGAACAACCGUAUCCAGGUCGCGCGCGAUAUUUACUAUAUUCAUGCACAGCUAUCGAUAGAGAUGCAGCUUACAAGAAACAGCACCUACGUCAAACGCUUUGUUCAACUUUUCACCAUACCUCGAGUGCGCCGGGCCAAUAUUGCCGCCUUUACCGUCAUGAUUGCGCAGCAAAUGUGCGGUAUCAACAUUAUUGCCUUUUAUUCUACCACCAUCUUCAAGGAGGCUGGCUACGAUGACUUCCGAUCCUUGAUUUGCUCUUUUGGAUUCGGUCUCGUCAACUUUGUCUUUGCCUUCCCGGCCUUUUGGACAAUUGAUACAUUCGGACGCCGAACAUUGUUGCUCUUUACCUUUCCGCAAAUGACCUGGACACUGCUCGCGGCAGGUUUGUGCACACUCAUGCCAAUAUAUAAAGCCGACGGAGAGGCCAACACCGCAAGAACGGCCCUGGUCGCCCUCUUUGUCUUCCUGUUCGCUGCCUUUUACUCGCCCGGUGAGGGACCUGUUCCCUUUACCUAUUCGGCUGAAGUGUACCCUCUGUCGCAUCGCGAGGUCGGUAUGGGUUUCGCCGUGGCCACUUGUCUGUUCUGGGCUGCCGUUCUCGGCAUGACAUUCCCGUUCUUGUUGGAGAGAGCCGGCACUGCGGGCGCAUUUGGUUGUUACGCUGCCUUCAACGCAGUGGCCUUCGUCAUGAUCUUCUUCUUGGUUCCCGAGACAAAGCAACGAACGCUCGAAGAACUCGACUACAUCUUUGCUGUUCCCAUGAGAAAGUUCGCCUCUUACCAAGUCACCAAGGCUCUGCCGUGGUGGUUCAAGCGCUGGGUUUUCUUCCAGCGAAACGCCAAGCUUGAGCCAUUGUAUCACCAUGAUAAUGAAGAGACAGAGGAGUUGGCACCUCAGAGAAGCCCCGCUGACUCGGCUGAUGAGAAGAAGGCGUUGUAG